AUGUUGAGCACCAGUAGCAAUAGACCCAUAUCUGCUCAUCUAACCAUUCAUUACAAACCUAUCCAGGAGGAAGAAGAGGAGAAAAGAAGCGGUGCUAGGGGAAGCAGUCGUCAUGACGACUGCUUCGUGGAGGGCGACAGGUCCCUCACUCCCAACAGGAAACACGAGUUCAUCAAGACAGUGCUUAACAUAAACGAUGAUGACAGCGAGUUUUCAGACCCCUGCUCUCCAUUCACCGGGUCGCAGGACGCCACCAGCGGCACGAAUCUGUUCGGAGACUUCUUGUCUAAGAGACAGCAGAGGCUUUCGAACUCCAUGAACAUUCACGAUCUUUAUCAAUGCGUGCAUAACUUGUCGCCAAGCGCCGCCGCUAACACUAACCACCAGUUCAUAGCUAGGAGGUUCAGCGAUUCGCACAUCCCAUCUCUGCACCACCGCCAGCAGCAGACGACGACAUCGAAGAAUUUCGUACAAUCUACUAAGAACAUUCAAAGGAUCGCGUCCUACGCGGCAGAUUCCGACCAAAGAGUCAAGUAUCUGCCAAACUACCACCAGUCCGCUCCUUCUACCGCAUCGUCAGCGGCGACUUCAAGGGCGGCUAAACCAAGAAAACUCCCUGACGACGACAAUACAAAAUAUGUACUUCAACUGCAGCUCUCGUCGUCGCCUCACUCACAACCAGCCUCACCACCGCUUCAACCGGACCGACGCCCUUCUUGCUCUUCUUUCACUUGCUCGUCAUCUUCCUCCUCCUCAGCAUGUUCAUCUAUGUCCGUCUCAGAUCCGAAUAACGUAACAGCAUAUGAAACGAAUAGCGCCCGCCCUCAGUUCCCCUGUGGCCAGCCUUUGGACAUAUCGAGUCCCUGCACGAGACAUCACCAUAGAAGAAAUUCCAUCGCUGUUAAGUUUGAUAAGGCAUUAUAUAAAAAACAACAAAAUAGCGAUUAG